UUCUGCUAUGCUCUGAUCUCAAUUAUAUCUGGAAUUGGAUUGCCCAAGUCAAACCAAAAAAAGGUUAAAUCCAGGGAAGGAAUAAGAAUAACCGGACAAUAAUGCCCCGCAAUCCCAUUCUGCGACGACCGCCUGAUGGAAGAUCACAACCGGCUCGGACACGAUCUGAUUUUCAGACGCCGUCUCCCAGAAAUGCGGCGGAUGUGAUGCAUACGCAGCUGGGCCAGUCACCGAUUCCGUACGAAGCUGCCGCAGCUAUGGAUCCGCGUCGCGUUGCAGCUAUGGCGCGAUUUCAGGCUGGUCAGGCGGAGGAUACCGAUCGGAUAGAGGCGGAGGAAAUGGAAGAGGAAGUUGAUGAGGAGUUGGAAAUGAAUCCAGACGAACAGAUGGGGCAUGAAGUCGAUCCAGAUGGAGAGGGUGACAUGGAAGGGGAGCGAGAGAUCGGUGAGGAAGACGAGGAUUUUGAAGGGCAAGAAGAGGAUGAGGAUGAGGAGAUGCGGGAUCGCAACCAGUCUCCCUCGCCAUUACCACCCAAUCUUCGCGAAAUAUCCUCUCUCGCUUCCUGGACCGUUUCAACACAUAAGCCCGGCUGCGGCGUCGCAGCACUACGGCAUCCGUCUCCCUCACAAUUCUGGCAAUCAGACGGCCCACAACCACACACGUUGACAUUACACUUCUUCAAACUUGUUGCCGUCGUCAAGAUCAGAGUGUACCUAGACUUUGAACUCGAUGAAAGUUACACACCGACGAAGAUGGUAUUUCUAGCGGGCAUGGGAGGCAAUGACUUAGUGGAGUUCGCUGCGUGGGAGGGCGAGGGACCCUGCGGCUGGGUUGAUAUUCCAUUGGACGGUGUCGGAGGAUCAACCGGUGGCUGGGGUGAUGUUGCAAAGAAACGCAGACGGCGGAAGAACUUGCGCAGAUCCAGAGGCCAGGAUGACAUUCUGAGCGACGGAUCAGACGCAGGAGCAGGCGACGGCGACGACGACACUACAGAGUCAGACGAUUCUGAUGACCCCUCGUCGGGAAAUAUCCUCAAAGCUAUGGUCCUCCAAGUCCGAAUCUGCGAGAACCACCAAAACGGCAAAGACACACAUGUUCGUGGUUUUCAGGUUUUCGCGCGUGACGAAGAUCGGAGACGUGUGGCUGCAAGUGCAGCUGCUGCGGGUGCUCAUUCAAGGAGACAUAGCAUGCGCAAGUCGCUCCGUGGCAGAAAGGACGCUGCGGAUCAUGACAGGCCGGAGAGCAGCCGCGGACUCGUUGGAGGGAAGGGGUUGGCUCUGGAAGAUCCAGAUUGGAUGGGAGAGGCGGUUAUUCGAUAAAGCAACAUGAUCAAGGACGUUUAUCCAUUCUGCAGGGUAUGGGCGUUUCGAAUUAUUUUCACUUUCACAUGGUUAUGAGCAUCCUUUUAGCAUUU